UGUGAUCCUGGCUAACGUGCUGUGUGCUGACACAGCCAGGAUCAGGUCCACCUUGCAGCAGCUCACACGCAGCACCUGAUCACAACUCUACUUGCACAGGACACCCACUAACUGGCAGCAUCUGCAUUUCACUGUGGCACAUCUGAAGGCGUAAUCUGAUGAAUGCACUCUCACUGCCUGCAUGUGGUUGCUGUGACUGUGUAGCAAACAGCCUUCUUAUUUACACUAUGGACAGAUAUCCCAGGAUCGUGUGAUUGUAUAAUCUCUUCAUGCAAAGGAAAACUGCAGAAUGAGCACUAGGGAAUCUGUUAAUAGACUAUAAUAUUAUUUAACCUUUGGAUCUUGUAUGUUUUGUGGGGAGAUCCCCCUUCUAUGUACUCAAUGGAUUACCCGAGCAUGUGGCUUUCUUUGGUAGUAGGAUACCUGGGAUUUUUAACAUGUCUUCAUCAUUCAGAAGGUGCCUGUGUUUUCCAGGGAUCUCUUUUUGCGAACAAUACAGAAUGGAAACCAGAAUCCUGCCAAGAUUGUACCUGCCAUAAUGAUAUUGUCGUCUGUGAAACCACUCAAUGCAGAGACCCACAAUGUGACUUUACAAAGGGAGAAGUGCUGCGGAUAGAAUACAACACCUGCUGCCCUCAGUGUACCUCACAAAGCCAAGGAUUUUGCCAACAUGAAGGAAUUAUCCGUGCUCAUGAAACCCAGUGGUCACAAUCAGAAUGCACCGAAUGCUCAUGCGCGAACAGCAAAGUUACUUGUGCCUCAAAGCCCUGUCCACCAUUGACCUGUAAGAAUGGAGAUAUCCAACAUAUUCCUCCUGGAGAAUGCUGCCCUAUUUGUGUUGGUACAGGUGAGUCUUGCUCUCUGGAGGGUCACCUUCUGCGGGAUGGUGAGCAGUGGAAGCUCAGUCAAUGCUCCAGGUGUAUAUGCAAGAAUGGUUUUGUGGAGUGCUUCACUGCCGAUUGUCUACCAAUGUUAUGUGAAAAGGAUGAAAUGCUUGCUGUUGUUCCUGGAAAGUGUUGUCCUGAGUGCCUUCCAAAAUCCUGUACUGUAUCUGGAAAGACAUAUGAGCAUGGUAUACAGUGGAAGAAGAAUCCUUGCAGUACCUGUAUGUGUGACAAAGGUGAAGUCAAGUGCCACAUAAAGACUUGUUACUCGAGUACAUGUGACAAGGGCCAGACCAAGAUAAGGCGUCCCGGCCAAUGCUGUGAAGAAUGUGUUUCAUCCAAAGGAAGCUGCAUGUACGGAGGUUCUCUGAGAUAUCAUGGAGAGCUCUGGAAUGGAAGUCACUGUGACUUUUGCACAUGUGACCGAGGGAAAGUCCUUUGCCACAAAGCUCAGUGUGCAAAAGUCGAGUGCUCAUGGGGAGAAGAAUUAGUUCAUUUGGAUGGAAAAUGUUGUCCAGAAUGUAUUUCAAGCACUAGCUUCUGUAUAUACAAAGAGGAUACUAAAAAGAAUACGCGGUCAGAUUUGAGUGGAGUGAAACAUUUUAUGAAUGGGGAAAAGUGGACAGAAGGUCCCUGUCGUGAGUGUGAGUGUCAGAGCGGCCAGGUGAUAUGCUUCUCUCAAUCCUGUCCCUCUUGUCCGAUUGGGACUCUAGCAGUGGAUGUGGUCGGAGAGUGCUGUCCAGAAUGUCAACCAGUGAAGUGUAAUCUAGACUGUUUAACCUGCUUUCAAUCUCCUGAACAUUGUGACAUCUGCCGUGAUGAGACUCGGGUGCUGCAGAUGGGACGCUGCGUGUACAGCUGUGGUCCUGGAUUUUAUCUGGAUGGAAAAACAUGUAUAGCUUGUAAAGAAAUGUGCUCCAGUUGUCAGAAUGGAUUUGAGUGCACAUCUUGUAAAGAACCUCUGCUCAUGAAACAUGGCCAGUGUGUGACCUCAUGCGGAGAUGGCUAUGUCCAAGACCAGCUUACUUGUACAGAAUGCCAUGAGUCGUGUUCAGUAUGCCAGGGGCCUUCGGAAUCUGACUGCUUGAUGUGCAAGAACGUGUCUCAGGUGAAUCAAGGAGGGCAAUGCACUGCCAGCUGUGACAACGGAUUCUAUGUACAGAAUGGGACCUGCACAGCCUGUGAUCAUUCCUGCCAGUCCUGUGCUGCUGAUAAUGGUAGAUGUCUGACUUGUGCCAAGGGCAGAGUAUUUCACAGAGGGAAAUGUGUUCUGGAGUGUCCAAAUGGCUAUUAUGUAAAUCCGGCAGGAUUCUGUUCAGCCUGUCAUAAGGAAUGUGCCACAUGUUCUGGACCACUAGCCAAUCAGUGCACUUCAUGUGUUCCCCGUUUUGCCUUACUGAGAGGGCUGUGCCUUCGCGACUGUGGAGAGAGUUAUUAUUCUGAUGGCAGCUUGUGCAAUGCCUGCCAUCCAUCUUGUCGUUCUUGUGUGGGCCCAGAAGAUGCUCACUGCACACAGUGCGUAAAUCCUGAGCAUGUGCUGCAGGCAGAACAGGACUACAGAGGAAAACCUUAUGGGACAUGCCAGGCUCAGUGCAAAGCACAGUUUUAUGUGGACAGCAUUGGCGUGUGUCGAGAAUGUCAUUCAUCGUGCAGUAGCUGUAGCGGAAAAAGCAGCUUGAACUGCACUGCUUGCAUAUCUCCAAAGAAGCUAUACAGGGGUACUUGCCUGAAUAGUUGUCCACAGGGAUUCUACAGCAAGGAGGCUACUUGCCAUAUGUGCCAUCCCUCGUGUAAGGAGUGCAGUGGUUCUUUAGAAGGAGAUUGUCUGACGUGCCAUCCACAUGCUGCUCUCAUUGGGGGAACAUGUAAGACCAGCUGCCCAGAUGGACAGUACCUCAAUUUAGUGGGAUACUGUGUGGAUUGCCACCCACAGUGCCAGCAGUGUGUAGCUAACCUGCAAGACACGGGGAGCGUGUGUUUAAAGUGUCAAUAUUCUCGAUAUUAUUUUGUUGGAGAUCGCUGCCUCCCUGAGUGCCCAGCUGGAUAUCACCCUGGGGGAAGAACUUGUAAAAGUUGUCACCCGUCCUGUAAGACAUGCAGUGGCCCUGGGCUUAACUCGUGUAUUUCUUGUAAUAAGGGAUUUAUUUUAUCACACAAUGGCAUGUGCGCACAGACCUGUUCCCAAGGUUAUUACCGCAAUGGUGACAUCUGUAAAGUGUGUGAAUCACCAUGCUUGACCUGUGACUCAGCAGUGGGGUGCACAGCAUGCAGGGACCCAUCCAAGGUUCUGAUGUUUGGAGAAUGCCAGUAUGAUAUUUGUGCCCCACAAUACUAUCUGGACUACAACAGCAGAAUGUGCAAAGAAUGUGACUGGAGUUGCAAUGCCUGCAAAGGACCUUUAAGGAAUGACUGUCUGCAGUGUAUGGAGCAGUACACCCUGCAUGCUGGGACUUGUGUACAGCAUUGUUCACCAUCUUUUUACAGACUUGGGGAGUCUUGCCACGAGUGUGAAGAACAUUGUCUUGCUUGUAGUGGCCCAUCUGAAUGCAGCCAAUGUGAAGUACCAUUCUAUCUCCUAAAUGGGCAAUGUGUGCGCGAGUGUGGUACUCAGUAUCAAGUGUCCCAUUAUGAUCGAAAGUGCCUUGUUUGUCCACCAGGAUGUCUGGACUGUGAUGACACAAAUAACUGCAAGCUUUGUGACAGCAAAACAUUUCUAAAGAAUCAUGUUUGUGUUUCCCAUUGCGGCCAUGGCUACUCAGGCAAUCCUAAUAACAGGAGAUGUGAAGAAAAUGUCCAUGCUCCGGUAUUUCUUGUGAAUGGGUCCCUGACAUUGGCCAUUGGCGCUGUAAGACCUUUGGAUCUAUCCUUCAUGAGCGUUCAGGAUCAGAACAGUGAAGACGCCAGCCUCACAUUCCACGUAGUGCAGGCUCCGACCAAUGGCCAACUGGUGAAAAUAUCACGUGGCAAAGAAGUGCAGCUCAGUAAAGACACACACUUUGGUAUGAUGGAGCUGCGAGAGCAGAGAGUGAGGUUCAAGCACAGCAAAGAGAAAUCGAGGAAUGGUUACUUUUCUCUAAAAGUCAGUGAUGGACAACUGUACUCACAGCCAAUAGUAAUCAAUGUUCAAGCGGUGUCAGCUAAGCCCACAUAUAUGCUCCAAAAUAAAGUUCUAACGGUUGGCAAAGGAGAGGCAGGAGCUAUCACAAGCUCUGAGUUGGACCUGCGGGAUGAUGAUAAUCCUCAAGAUGUGGUAAUUAUUGUCUUAGAAGCCCCAAGAUAUGGUAGACUUAUGAUUCCUCCAGAUACCACUCCCAUCCACAAGUUCCGCCUGGACGACAUUAGAAAUGGAAAGCUCCACUAUGUUCAUGAUGGUUCAGAAAGCCAGUCUGAUAUGAUCCUUUUCCAGGCAAAUGAUGGACAUAACUUUCAGAAUAUUCUCUUCCAUAUCAAGGUUAACGAUAAGAAGAGUGGAGGACUGCAGUUAGUUCUAAACUCAGCCGUCUGGGUGCCGGAAGGUGGAAUGCUGCAGAUUUCAAACAGACUUUUGCAGGCUAGAGCUUUUGGUGCAAGCGAUUCUCAAAUAGUUUACACAAUCUCAAAUGAAGCUCCAAAAUUUGGUGACAUUGUCUUGCUGGGCCCUAUGCCUGCUGAUGGUCCGGCAGAUGGGUGGCAACGGUUGCCAGAUGGAAGACUGGCUACCUCAGUAUCCUCAUUUACACAACAGGAUAUCAAUGAAGGCCUUGUGUGGUACAGACAUUCUGGAUCCCAGUCACAAGGGAGAGAUUCAUUCAGCUUCCAGAUUUCCAGUGCCGCUGCUUCGCAAGCCCCACAGGACAGCCAUGUGUUUAAUAUUGGUAUUUUACCCAGCCAUCCUGGGGCACCUCAGCUCUCUCCUGGAUCUUCCUUACACAUGACAGCCUUUGAAGACCGGCUGACCGUGAUUGGGUCCCAUUACCUUUCCUUUGUUGACUCUGAGAGUCCUAGCGAGAAAAUAGUUUAUAAUGUAACUGUGCCCUUGCAGCCAAAUGAAGGUAGGCUUGAGCAUAAAGACAGGCCCCACUCCCUGGUAAGCUACUUCACUCAAGCAGACAUUAACCAAGGCAAAAUUGUAUACCGACCACCUAGAGCAGCAUCGCACCUGAGCGAGAUCAUGGACUUUUCCUUUAUGGGUCUUCCAGAGACUGUUAAUUUCUUCUUUAAAGUUUCGGAUGGCGAAUUUACUACAGCUGAGAUGCCGUUUACCAUCCAUUUGCUGUCUAGCGAACAGCAACCUCCUGUGUUUCAGAUCACCUCUCCAUUUCUUGAAGUUACACAAGGGGGCAGGGCUCCAAUUGGGAUGCAGCUGGCAGUGAGCGACACAGAUACUGCUCCAGAAGAUCUGUUUUAUGAGCUUAUUGAGACACCUCGCCAUGGCAUUCUUAUCAAGUCUGAAGCUGGCAUCCAGGCACCUAUGAAUGCAGGUGAUACUUUCACGUAUGAAGAUGCCAACAGGAAUGCAAUAUAUUAUGUUCAUGAUGGUUCCACCAUAUCUGAGGACAGCAUGGAGAUUGCAGUGACAGAUGGCAUUGCUACCAGCACGACUGUUGUGAAAGUGGUGGUGUCACUGGCAAAUGAUAACGGUCCGCGGCUUGUUCCUGGCUCAUUGUUGGCAAUGACUGUAACAAGUAGAAGCUCUGUCGUUGUAACAAGGUCACAUCUUGCUUACAUGGAUACCAACUCACCAGAUUCUAAAAUCCGAAUCCAGUUGAUCACAUUGCCAAUGUAUGGUGUUCUUACCAAAGCAGCAUCAGGGCAAACUGCACAGGAAUUAUCUGAGUUCUCUUUUUUCUCCAUGGAAGACAUCAACAACCAGAAUAUUAAGUAUUCUUCAAUAGUUGAAACCGACAGCGGGACAGUCACAGAUCUUUUUCAUUUCACUGUUUACAAUGCUGACAACAAUCGUCUGGAUAAUCAAAUGUUCACUAUCACUAUCACAGCUGCUCAACAAGUCUUUCCUGUUCUUUCUGGAAACCAGAUAUUGGUAGAAGAAGGAGGGAGAAUUCUAUUAUCCACUCGUUAUAUUCUUGCCACAGAUUCUAUAACAUCAGAGAAACAAAUGACAGUUAAAAUAGUCAGUAGACCAAAGUUUGGUUACCUUGAAAAUAUUAAAAGCGGAGGACAGACGUCUCUGGGAGAACAGAUUGGUUCUGACACAUUUCCUGUUGAAGACAUCAUAGAGAACAACCUGUACUAUGUGCAGAGUGUCCAUGACAAUAUCGAACCCAGUGGAGACUUUUUUAGCUUCUAUAUGACAGAUGGAUCCAGCCAGUCAGAGGUUUAUAACAUCAGCAUUGCCAUACAGGGGAAGAAUGAUGAACGGCCUCAGAUCUCUGUACUGCCUUUAAGGGUGCAGGACAAUGCAGGAGCAGUCAUCAGAAACACAUGUCUAAGCGUGCAGGACAUGGAUACUCCAGAUAAUGAGCUACUGUUUACUGUAAUGAAGAAGCCUGCUCAUGGAAACUUACACAGAAGGCAGUUCUACUCUGAACCUUUGGAGAAUGGGCGCGUUCUAUCCCUGGGUUCCUCUUUCACAUACCAGGAUGUACUAGAUGAGUUGAUUGUCUACAUACCAGUGAGUGUGGAAGUGCUAUCAGAUGAAUUCAGGUUCUCCCUGUCAGAUGGCCACUAUACAGAAACAGGAAGGCUGGAGGUCUCAAUAGAGCCAAAGAGGAAAGAGCCCCCAAGACUUGCUAUAAACCGAGGCCUACAGAUCUCAGCAGGGUCAAUAGCUACAAUCACUGACCAGUAUUUAAAAGGAACAGACAGCGAUUCAGAUGAUGCCAAACUCCGAUAUUUCUUGAAGAAAGAUCCAGCUGUAGGGCGUCUGCAUAUGUCAAAAAACAAUAAUCUUGUGCAGAUAUCUGUCAGAGGACCUGUCACUAGUUUUACUCAGAUGGAUGUUAACAAAGGAUAUGUUCAAUACAAACACGAGAAAGGAGAAUCGGGUGGAAGUUUUGCCUUUAAGUUUGACGUUGUCGAUUCGGAAGAAAACAAGCUUAUCGACCAAUCAUUCUACAUCAGCAUAUUAGAAGACAAACUACCUCCAUCUAUCACUGCCAAUAAAGGUCUCACCCUGGAUGAAAACUCUGUGAAAAAAAUCACCACCUUGCAGCUCUCAGCCACAGAUCAGGACAGCGAGCCCAGAGAACUCCUCUUCCGCAUCAAUAAGCAGCCUGCACUGGGUCACCUAGAGCAUGCUGGGUCACCAGGCGUAAAAAUUAGCAGUUUCAGCCAGGCAGACCUGGAGUCCCGGAACAUUCAGUAUAUUCAUACCAGCGCAGAGGAAAAGCAUUCAGAUGAAUUCACAUUCACAGUAUCAGAUGGAGUCAAUGAGGUAUCCCAGACAUUUUAUAUCACUAUAAAUAAAGUUGACGACAGCUUGCCGGUGGUUCAGAAUUCUGGAAUGAGAGUGCAGGAAGGAGUGAGAAAAACUAUUACAGAAUUUGAACUGAAAGCCGUGGAUGCCGAUACUGAGGCAGAGUCUGUUACAUUCACCAUUGUUCAGCCACCUCGAUAUGGCACGAUUGAACGUAGUAUUAAUGGGCAAAACUACCGUCAGACCACCACCUUCACAAUGGACGAUAUUUACCAGAAUAGGAUCAGCUAUAAUCAUGAUGGAAGCAAUACCCUGAAAGAUCGCUUUUCUUUCACUGUGUCGGAUGGAACCAAUCCAUUCUUCAUUGUAGAGGAAGGCGAGAAAGAGAUUAUAACUGCAGCUCCACAGAGAUUCAAGGUGGAUAUUCUUCCUGUGGAUGAUGGAACGCCAAGAAUUGUCACCAACCUUGGUCUUCAGUGGCUGGAAUACAUGGAUGGGAGGGCUACAAACAUAAUUAGCAAGAAAGAACUAAUGACCAUGGAUCCAGACACAGAAGAUAAGCAGCUGGUUUAUGAAAUAUCCAGUGGGCCCUAUCACGGAUUCUUGGAGAAUAAGCUAAAGCCUGGCAGGCCGCUGACUUAUUUUACCCAAGAGGAUAUAAACCUGGGCUUAAUCCGAUAUAUUUUACAUGAAGAGAAGAUUAAGGAGACAAUGGAUAACUUUAAGUUCCUUGUAAAAGACAGCAAGCCUAACGUGGUCAGUGACAACGUGUUCCAUAUCCAAUGGUGUCUAAUCAGCUUUAAACACACUAGCUACAACGUGAGUGAAAAAGCUGGCUCCAUCAGUGUCACGGUGCACAGGACCGGAAAUCUCAACCAGUAUGCCAUUGUGCUGUGUCGUACUGAACAGGGCACUGCUACCUCCAGCUCCAGUGUCGGUUCCAGGCCAGGACAGCAAGAUUAUGUGGAAUAUGCCGGGCAGGUGCAGUUUGAUGAAAGAGAAGACACCAAAACGUGUAAUAUCAUUAUCAGCGAUGACCAGGUGUAUGAGAACAUUGAGGAGUUUACGGUGGAGCUCAGUAUGCCGGCUUAUGCUUUGUUAGGAAAUAUCACUAAAGCAACUGUCAACAUAAAUGAUACUGAAGACGAGCCAACUCUGCAGUUCGAUAAAAAGAUAUAUCGCGUAAAAGAGAGCGCUGGUUUACUUUCAGCACCCAUUGAAAGAAAAGGUGAUUCAGGAAGCAUUGUAUCUGCUAUUUGCUACACGGUGCCAAAAUCCGCCAAGGGCAGCAGCCUAUACGCAUUAGAAUCAGGUUCUGAUUUCAAGUCCAGGGCAAUGUCCAAUGAAAACAGAGUCAUUUUUGGUCCUGGAGUUACCAUGUCGACUUGUGAUGUGAAACUGGUUGAUGACAGUGAGUAUGAAGAUGAGGAGGAAUUUGAGAUAGCUUUAGCUGAUACGUCUCAGAACGCAAGGAUUGGAAACAUCGCUUCAGCCAAAGUGGUGAUAGAAGGACCAAAUGAUGCUUCCACUGUCUUCUUGGGAAACGAGACAUUUACCGUUAGUGAAGAUGCAGGAACUAUUGAGAUACCUGUUAUCCGUAAUGGCCCAGACCUCUCUGUUCCCACAUCAGUGUGGUGCGCCACUCGUCCUUCAGACCCACCCUCUGCCACGCCUGGAAUUGACUACAUCCCCAGCUCCAAAAAAAUUGAAUUCAGGCCAGGGAAAACGGUAGAGCAUUGUACUCUGACUAUAAUGGAUGAUACUCAGCACCCUGUGAUUGAAGGUUUAGAGACAUUUGUGGUUUUCCUCAGCUCAGCACAAGGAGCAGAACUUACCAAACCAUUUCAAGCAAUGGUAGCGAUUAAUGAUACUUUCCAGGAUGUUCCCAGCAUGCAGUUUAGUAAAGAUGUCUUCACUGUGAAGGAGAAAGAUGGAGCUGUGCAUGUGCCUGUCAUUCGUACUGGAGAUUUGAGUUUCGAGUCCUCUGUACGUUGUUACACUCAGUCUCAGACCGCUCAGGUGAUGGAUGAUUUUGAAGAAAGAAGAAACUCUGAUGAUUCCCGUAUUACGUUUCUGAAAGGAGACAAAAUGAAGAAUUGUUCAGUUUUCAUCAAUGAUGAUUCUGUAUUUGAACCAGAAGAGCAGUUCAAGAUUUAUCUCGGCCAUCCUCUUGGGAAUCAUUGGAGCGGAGCCAGAAUUGGGAAAAAUGACAUGGCUACUGUUACUAUAACUAAUGACGAAGAUGCACCCACCAUUGAAUUUGAAGAAGCAACUUACCAAAUUCGAGAGCCGCAAGGGCCAGAAGGAAUCGCUGUUUUAAACAUAAAAGUGAUAAGAAAAGGAGACCAGAACAGGACAUCAAAGGUCCGUUGCAGCACACGUGAUGGCUCUGCUCAGUCUGGUGUUGAUUACUAUCCAAAAAGCCGGGUUCUAAAAUUCAGUCCUGGUAUGGAUCAUAUUAUGUUUAAGGUAGAAAUUUUGUCAAAUGAGGACAGGGAGUGGCAUGAAUCAUUUUCCUUGGUUCUGGGGCCAGAUGAUCCUGUGGAAGCCGUGCUUGGUGAUAUCACCACUGCAACCGUGACCAUCUUGGAUCAGGAAGCUGCAGGCAGCCUGAUCUUGCCAGCCCCACCUAUUGUGGUAUCUCUUGCAGAUUAUGACCAUGUGGAAGAAGUUACUAAAGAAGGUGUCAAGAAAUCUCCGUCCCCAGGAUACCCCUUAGUCUGCGUCACUCCAUGUGACCCUCACUUUCCUAAAUAUUCAGUUAUGAGGGAGCGUUGUGAGGAGGCUGGAAUCAACCAGUCCACUGUUAUGUUCAGCUGGGAGGUGGCAGCACCCACAGAUUCCAAUGGAGCAAGAUCUCCCUUUGAGACAAUCACUGACACAACCCCUUUCACCAGUGUAAAUCAAAUGGUCCUGGAUAGCAUCUACUUCAGCAGACGUUUCCACGUUCGUUGUGUUGCCAAAGCGGUGGAUAAAGCUGGGCAUGUGGGAACUCCACUGAGAAGCAAUAUUGUGACCAUAGGAACGGACAGCGCCAUCUGCCACACGCCAGUAGUUGCUGGGACUGCCAGAGGAUUCCAAGCCCAGUCUUUCAUUGCCACUUUGAAAUAUCUUGAUGUCAAACAUAAAGAACAUCCAAAUAGGAUACAUAUUUCUGUGCAAAUCCCACAUCAAGAUGGAAUGCUUCCUCUUAUCUCUACCAUGCCCCUGCAUAAUUUGCAUUUUCUGCUCUCAGAGUCUGUUUACCGUCAUCAGCACGUAUGCUCCAAUCUGGUCACCGUUCGUGAUUUGAGAGGAAUUUCAGAAGCAGGGUUCCUGGAUGAAGUGACGUAUGACAGCAUUGCUGUCGGUCCUGGCUAUGAUCGCCCAUACCAGUUUGACCCCAAUGUGAGAGAGCCAAAGACAGUGCAACUGUAUAAGCAUCUUAACCUAAAGAGCUGCAUUUGGACAUUUGAUGCAUAUUACGACAUGACAGAACUUAUUGAUGUGUGUAGCGGAGCUGUGACAGCUGAUUUUCAGGUGAGAGAUUCUGCGCAGUCAUUUCUGACUGUACACGUCCCCCUCUAUGUGUCCUAUAUAUAUGUCACUGCACCAAGAGGAUGGGCGUCUUUGGAGCAUCACACUGAAAUGGAAUUCUCAUUCUUCUACGACACUGUGCUAUGGAGAACUGGUAUUCAGACGGACAGCGUUCUCUCCGCCAGGUUACAGAUCAUCAGAAUAUACAUCCGUGAGGAUGGUCGGCUUGUCAUUGAAUUUAAAACCCAUGCUAAAUUUAGAGGUCAGUUUGUUAUGGAGCACCACACUCUUCCAGAUGUGAAAUCUCAUAUAAUGGCUCCAGAUCACUUAGGAGGGAUUGAGUUUGACCUUCAGCCCUUGUGGAGCGCACAGACCUUUGAUUCUCCAUAUCAGCUUUGGAGGGCAACCAGCUCCUACAGCAGGAAGGAUUAUUCAGGAGAGUAUACCAUCUAUCUGAUCCCUUGUACGGUUCAGCCAACUCAGCCAUGGACUGACCCCGGAGAUAAACCUCUUGCCUGCACAGCACAUGCUCCAGAAAGGUUCCUGAUUCCUAUAGCAUUUCAGCAAACUAACCGACCUGUUCCCGUUGUAUAUUCUUUGAACACUGAGUUCCAACUCUGUAAUAAUGAGAAGGUUUUUUUGAUGGACCCAACAAAGACAGAAAUGUCUCUGGCAGAAAUGGACUACAAAGGAGCCUUCUCAAUGGGUCAAACCCUGUAUGGUAGAGUACUUUGGAAUCCUGACCAAAACCUCAACUCUGCAUACAAGCUGCAACUAGAGAAGGUCUAUCUGUGCACUGGUAAAGAUGGAUAUGUUCCUUUCUUUGACCCAACUGGAACUAUUUACAAUGAAGGCACACAAUAUGGUUGUAUUCAGCCUAACAAGCUUCUUAAACAUAGGUUUCUACUUUUGGAUCGGAAUCAGCCAGAGGUAACAGAUAAAUACUUUCAUGAUGUACCGUUUGAGGCAUACUUUGCCUCAGAGUCACCAGACUUCCAUGCUAUGAGCAGUAUGCCAGGAGUUGAUGGAUUUACAAUGAAAGUUGAUGCUCUUUAUAAGGUGGAAGCUGGACACCAAUGGUACCUUCAGGUUAUUUAUAUUAUUGGUCCAGAAACAAUGGCAGGUCCCAGGGUGCAGCGCUCCCUAACCUACCAGCUGAGACGUGAUCGUAGGGAUCUGGUGGACAAGAAUGGUCGUUUAACUCUGGACGACUCCUUGAUCUAUGAUAAUGAAGGUGACCAAGUCAAGAAUGGAACCAACAUGAAAACCUUAAACCUGGAAACCGAGGUAGCAGCAUCUUCUUCCUCACAGACAGGAGCUUCCAUCGGAAGUGCAUUUGCAGCCAUAAUGCUAUUGAUGCUAGUUCUCUUGGCUGUGUGCCUUAUAACACAGAAGUGCAGGAGGCGCAAAAAGAAAAUGCCAAACAUGGAUGUUGUAGAGGAAUAUCCCCUCAACACAAAGGUGGAAGCGUCGAGAAAAAAUAUAGAGAGAGCAGAAAAGAAUUUCAACAGGCAGCAUUGUACUGUAAGAAACAUCAAUCUUCUUGAAGACGACAAAGAUAGCUAUGAAAUUAAAGGUGUUAAAGUAAAAAAAGUAAAUCUCGAGGUCAAAGUUCACAACAAUCUACACGAUGGAACAGAAGUCUAAAUAUGAUUUUGCACCUACAUAAAUAUAUAUAUUUUGUUUAUAAGAAAAAAAAAUCAUCCUUUUUUUAUAAAUUGUAAAAAUAAAUAAAGAAUCACCAGUAUUUUUAUAACCUGGAGUGUAAAGGGAAAACGCAAGCAUUAAAUGAUGGACUGAUGGGCAGUAUGUACUUCAACCCACAACUGAACUACCUCGAGAUGUCCGUACAUGUGCGAGAUAAUAAGGGCGAGUCAUGCAAUGUCACUUCUUUUUUUGCGCCCCAGCAAUGCACUGCACAUAUUAAUACACUGCCACCAAAGGUCAAACAUAUAUCAUGUUAUUUUACUAAUUAUUACUGUAGUAUUUUUUUUUACAUGCACUGUAUUCAUAUAUUACUGAUUGUCCCACUAAUGUUAUGCACAGUACAUUGUUUAUGUUAAUCAAAAUAGAUUUUGUUAAUAUUAUUUUUACCAAUUUUUUUUUUUAUAUAUAUAUAUUGAAAUUCAAAACAGAGUAUCUUAUUUAUCACAGCUCAUUUACCGUUGGUAUUUACUGCAGUAUUUUCUCUUAUAGCAAAAAACAACUACAUUUUAUAAAUGUAAGCAGAAUAUUUCUGAUCAAGUCCAUACAUUCAUAAAAUAACCAUCAAAAAUGGCACUUAAGAUACAUUCUUGGGUAGUGUUUAAUGUCAUCAAUUUUAAACAAACAAAACAAAUAACUAGUUUGGUUUAAUUAUUUAAGAAAGUUAGAUUUUUAUCAUAGUGACUGGUUUUACACUCCUAUAAAUCCUUUUUACUAAAACCAAAGUACAAUAUAAGUGUAUUAAAAAAGACAGAUUUGCAGAGCUUUGAUAUGGAGCUUGUCAAGGGAUUAAAUACUGCCACCCAGCGGAAAAAAUAUUUAAGUAAAUUUUAAAUUAACACUAAUAGCAUUCAUGAUAGACAUGGAACUAUCACACUGUAACAUACAAUUUAUGGUCAUUUAAAGGGACAUUAAACACAUUUGUGUCCAUGAUAGAACAUUCUGAAUAUAAUAUCAAAGCUGUUUAAAUUAGUUUUGAAACAAAUAGAAGAGUAUUUUGGCACACAAGUCAUUUUGAGGGACUGAUUGAUUAAAUGGAUAUUAAACAGUAUGAGAAUGUAAUAUGUGUUUAAUUAUGAGUAGUCAAAAACAUUAAUUUUGUUUCCUUUUCCUGUAAUUUCACUUUGAAAAGUGUUUGUUUUAAAAAUUCCACUUACGAUGUUAUCUAUAAAGUAAUGGGUCCCACCAUGUUUAAACUUAAGUUUUUUCAUUAUCUCACUCUCCUGCUGAAAAAACAAGGCUGUGUCGAACAUAAGAUAAGCUAACUGGGUUUCUCCACAGCCUUGUUUACAAAAACUCUAUUGUAUUGCAUCUUUUUUUUAUCUUUCCUUAAAGGGACACUGAACCCACAUUUUUUUUCUUUUACGAUUCAGAUAGAGCAUGAAAUUUUAAGCAACUUUCUAAUUUACUCCUAUUAUCAAUUUUUCUUCGUUCUCUUGCUAUCUUUAUUUUAAAAGCAGGAAUGUAAAUCUUAGCAGCCAGCCCAUUUUAGGUUCAGCACCAUGGAUAGCCCUUACUUAUUGGAGGCUUACAUUUACCCACCAAUAAGCAAACAUAACCCAGGUUCUCAACCAAAAAUGGGCCGGCUUCUAUGCACUACAUUCCUGCUUUUUAAAUAAAGAUAGCAAGAGAACGAAGAAAAUUGAUAAUUGAUAGGAGUAAAUUAUAACG